AUGGCAAUGGUCAUGAGGAGGAGGGGAGGACUCGUUCUACCGGUGGUGAUCAUGGCGGUGCUGCUGUUCUUGGCCGUGCUCGGCGCGGAGGCGCGGUCCUUGAGCGGCGACGGCGGCUGGGCGGCCACCGGGGACGGGCCGCUGCCGAACGGCGGCGUCUUCAUCGUCGAGACGCUCCGGCGGCUGUACCUGCAGCAGCUGGGAGCGGGGCCGUCGUGCGAGACCAACAGCCCCAACAACGCCUGCCCGCCGCCAUAG